AUGGCGGAGUUUGUGCUGCCGCAAUCGAUAUUUAAGUACGCGGUAGGACCGAUGCUUGGCAAAGCGAUGGAUGUUCUUAAGCCAAUGGCCGAACAAGUGAAACCAGUUUUCACGGCACCGAUUUCUCCAGAAGACGGAGCAACGCAGGAAGCUAUCGCCGCAGCCUCGGCGUUGGCCAAGAUCGUGCAGCAGGGAUUGGCGAGAAUGAAAAAUGAUCUUCGGGAAAUCAAGAACAUGGUCCGCGAGGAGCUCUCGAUCCAGGCCUACACGACCGACGUGCUCCAACCCCUCUUCCAUCUGCAGCAACGGAUGCUUUACCUCAACGAGUCCCAGGACAUUGCCGAGCGCCGGGCACUCGACGAGAAUUUUCGAAAGUUGUGUGUCAGGCGUUUUGACAGGAUUGUACAGCAAUUCGAGAAUCACAUCUGGAGGUCGUGCCGGACACCCAAGGACUUUUAUAAGCGCAAGAAGCGGUCGUCAGACCCGGCUUAUCCACCAUCCAACGGGACCCACAUUCGGAUGCGCCGGGAUGAUGAAGACCCGAUCCUGUUCAGCUCGACGCCACAAUGCGUAACCAUGACCGUGCUCCAAACCCGCGACUUCUCACAGAGAGCUCUCAACGUUUGGCUGGACUCGCUUAGAUCGACGACCGCUUCAAUUUUGAGCGUGGCUACCGUAUGCAUCCCGCACAUUGUCGUGGACCAGGAGCUGAUAGGCACGUACCUCAAGCGGCUGCAGGACAAGUUGCAGGUCAUGUUGCAGGGCGUUGAUGAGAUGCUGGACUUGGUGCUUGCCAAAAUGGAUGCCUAUGACAAGGAUAUCUUCCACCGCCGAAUGCGCGCCUACACCGAGUUGGACACCGCCGAGCAGUGGCUGAUGACGCUGAAGCACCAGUUUGACGAUCUUGGGCGGGCCGGCAUCGACACCGCCUACAUCGUGGCAGUCAGCGGGCGCUCAAAUCAUAGCGGCUACUACGCUAGCCAACAGCGGGAUCUGCCUCUACAAGGGGUGUCCACAGGGUGCAAGAGCUUUGUCUGGCGCAGCCCGACGAAUCGGUGGUCGCACGAAUGGGACACGUUGGUCCAGACGGAAGUGGAAAAAUUGAGGACCGCGCUUGAGAAAAACAAGGACAUAGCGCACAAGGAUGUGGAAGCUAUUCUCACCGGCGAGCUGCUUAGAACCUUCCCCAACUUUAUCCUGUCCUGGGCGCCAAGGGAUUCGCCGCAACCCCUCGCGGUGAUGGAGGCCGGGCAGGAAGUGCUCGGCAGCUACGACAUCUCCACACACCAAUACCUAUUUGACACCCAGGACGCGUCGAUCAUCUACAGUCUGCUUCUUCUUCACCCUUACCCGCCAAAA